CCGUAGACUUCGUUACCAUGGUUUACGGAGCCAACCGCUGUGGUUGAGCAAUAAGGAGUUGGAUGAGAUUAUUUCAGGAAUACCACGUUUACGGCUGCUAUCUUUGCCGGGAUAUAUCUAUGAGGAAUUGCCUUGUUCAAUUGGCAAACUGAUCCAUCUACGCUUUUUAGACCUCUCCUACAGUCAAAUCACUCAAUUGCCUGAAUCAACCUAUACCCUAUAUAAUUUAGAAACACUCUUGUUAUCUAAAUGUAUUUUUCUUACAACAUUACCGGCAGAUCUUGGAAAACUUAUUUCAUUGCGUCGUCUUGAUUUAAGCAAUACCAGCCUAGAAAAGAUGCCAGUGAGUAUAAGUAGGUUGAAAGAUCUCCAGGAAUUAACUGAUUUUGUAGUGGGAAAGUGCAGCGGGUCAGGAAUUAAUGGUUUGAAAGAGCUUAAUAGUCUUCGUGGAGCAAUCGCCAUCUCGGGUUUGGAAAAUGUUACAAGCGGCGAUGAAGCAUCGGAAGCAAAGUUGAAGGAGAAAAAGCACCUUAAAUCGUUAACUUUGAAAUGGGGUAGCACUACGGAGGAUUCACAGAAGGAAAGAGAUGUACUUGAAAACCUAGAGCCUCACACAAACUUGGAGAUCCUUCACAUUCAAAACUAUGGAGGCACAAGAUUUCCUAAUUGGUUAGGAGAUAAAUCAUUUUGCAAUAUGGUGCGGUUAUGUUUGGAUAAAUGCAAGAAUUUCUUUUCCUUGCCACCACUCGGCCAAAUGCCUUCUCUUGAGUCAUUAGAGAUAAACGAUUGUCCAGAAAUUGAGACUUUUCCGGAAGGGGGUCUGCCCUCCGGAUUAACUGAUCUUUCCAUCAGGGGGUGUGAGAAACUGAAGUCUCUGCCAGAACAAAUGCACACCCUCCUCCCAUCUCUUGAGUCAUUAUGUUUAUCUGGCUGUCCAGAAAUUGAGUCUUUUCCGGAAGGGGGUCUGCCCUCCAAAUUAUAUUUUCUUGAAAUCAGCAAUUGCAAGAAACUUGUUGGUGGUCGAAGAGAUUGGGGUUUGCAAGCACUAACCUCUCUCACACUCUUUGUACUGUUGAGUGAAUCUGAAGAUGUGUUGGAGUCGUUCCCCGAGGAGGGGCUGCUGCCCCCCACUCUUACACAUAUCUCCUUCGGAGAUAUGUGGGAUCUUAAAUCACUCAACGGAAGGGCCCUUCAACUUCUCGGCUCUCUCGAAUACAUGGAUAUUUGCAAUUGCCCUCAGCUCCAAUCCUUGUCGGUGGAGAGACUUCCCACUUCCCUCUCAGCGCUGAAAAUUUUGGGCUGUCCGUUGCUGGAACCUCGUUGCCGCAGAGAGGAAGGAGAGGACUGGCAUAAGAUUGCUCACAUCCGGUCUAUAAGAAUCGAUGGUAAAGUAAUCAGGGAAACUAUAAGCUAUUCCCACCCAGGCGAAGAACGCAACUUUCCAACGUCCUUAUUUGGUUUUCAAUUUUUGGGAUUUGGAAGUUUGCUGACUGGUAGCAAACCGUUGGAGGCAUAUACAGCUAUGCAGGUUGGUAUUCUACUGAGCAUAAGCGCUUGCAGAAUCACAAAAUCUCAAUCAUGGCUGUUAUCUGAGAAGAGCUUUUGGUCCGGUUGCAUUGAGUGGCUUCUAAAAGCUGGUGGAUCUUGGGUGGCCAAAAUUGUAUGAAAAGUGAUGGCAGAUCAUCUAGGCCGUGUUUGGAUUAUGACUUUGUGAAGGAAAGCGCUCGUAUCGCUUUGGCAUUACAUGAUUGUGAUCAAACCAGUUUUCGGUGUGUGACAGGGAGGAAACAAAGUUAGGCGUAUAAGUCCGAGCCCUGAGGUGCUGCUACCUUUAUCUCUUUGUCUCCAGUCAUCAAUAUUUUCUUGGAUUUCUGCUUUUAUCGUCCAAUUUCUAUGAGCUGGAGUGGAAUUUGUAUGGGUGUACUCUGUUUUGAUUUUAAUUCUUUUGCAGCAAUUAUGAGUAGCCCCUAUUGGCAUUUUAAUGUUCUACUUACAUUUGUUACUUGCUUUAUAUAUGAGAAACAGGAUAACCAAAUUAGUACUUCUAAAAAGAAAGAUGCACAUGCGUAGCUUUGUUUGUUA